AUGGCGACGGACUUCAUCGCGAUAGACUUGGAGACGGCCAACUCAGACGUUCGCUCCAUUUGCCAGGUUGGGCUAGUCUGCUUUCGCCAGGGCGCGCCUCACCGGGAAUGGAUGUCUUACGUAAAUCCGAGGGACCAUUUCGACCCGAUGAACGUUAGCAUCCACGGCAUCACAGAGGCGAAAGUUCGCAGUUCCCCAGAUUUCCCGCGAGUGGCCGGACACCUCCGGGAGAUGCUGGAUGGCGAAAUCGUGAUAAGCCAUACUCAUUUUGACCGCGUGGCUCUCGGGAAGGCCCUGGAAGGGCAUGGGAUUCCCGGCCCGGACUGCCAUUGGCUGGAUUCCGCCAUGAUUGCGCGGCGCGCCUGGAGGGGCCUGCGGGGCGAGGGGGGCUACGGGCUGGCCAAUCUGUGCGGGAUACUGGGAUACAGCUAUCAGCAUCACGAUGCUCUGGCCGACGCCAAGGCAGCCGGUGCAGUGGUGCUGGCAGCGAUUGAACAGACGGAUGUGGGACUGGACCAGUGGCUGAAACAGGUGAAACUGCCGGUGAGCGAGGGACCCCAAGUAUCCAUCCGCGCCAACCCUGCUUUCCUGAACGGAUGGGAGGCGGCAACAGUUGUGAAAGCCGCCGUACCGGCCGGUCGGCAUGACGAUGAUGAAAGACCACGAGCGAACGGGUCGCAGGUAAGAUCUGGCUCACAAAAAAGCGGGUUUUGGGAGCGCCUCGCUAGGCGCAGGCGGAGCGGCGCUAAGUAA